AUGGCGUCCAAGGUGCCGCUGCUGCUGCUGUCCCUGGGCACGAGCGGCGUGCUGCUGCUCGGGGCCUCGCGGCUCAGCGACGCCGUGGCCAGCACGCCGGCCGUGCCCCUGGCCUUCUUCGCGCUGCUGCCCGCGCUCGUGUCCAUCACCGUCGUGACCGAGGGCCGCGGCUGGGGCCUGUUCGCGCAGGUCUGGGAGACGCUGGCCGCCGUGCUGGCCAUCGGCCGCCAGGCCCAGACGCAGCAGCUCACGCCGGCCGAGGCGCUGGCCGCCGCGCGGGCCGAACUCUUCAAGGCCUUCAGCGAGCGCUGGCCGCAGAACGGCCGGGCCACGCUCAGCCGGCCGCUCGGGCUCAGCAGCCAGCGGCCCGAGGUCGUGUCGUCCAGCACAAGCGGCAGCUCGCUCUACGAGCAGGUGAAGGGCAGCCUGAAGGACCACGUGUUCGGCCGCAGCGUGGCCGACGCCCCCGUGUACCUCAUGGACCCGGCCACGGGCUACUUCCUGCGGGCCACGCAGCACCGCAAGCUCAUGUUCACGAGCAAGCCCAACGCGUCGUGCCUGUUCCACGUGGAGCGCGGCAAGACCCACCACUGGGGGUUCCGGGCCGCGGCCACGCACAGGUACAUUGGCCAGAACAUCGUGCAGAAAAUCAUCGCGGCCAGCAAGAAGCUGCACGCGUGGGAGGCCUUCCGCGUGCUGCAGCGGCCCGGGGACAAAGGAGUCGGGGCCUGCAGUCCGCAGGUGUACCUCAUCUUGUGCUCGGCCAGGUUCGGCAAGGGCAUGUGGCUGGCCAACAAGCCGGGCUCCACCAGCUUCGCGCACCAGGCCGUCCCGACCAGCAGGAGUAACAGCAGCAGCAACACCCUCGAUGUGGACGAGGACUCGCCAAGUGACCAUGAUCGCAGCGGCCACGGGGCGCCUCGCAAGCGUGGCGUGUUCCUGUCCAAGCAGUUCGACCACGCCAUUGGCCUGAUAUACGGCUCGGACUUGACAGCGCUGAUGUCGGCGGCAGCGGACCACUCGGCCUCGUCAUCGGCGUCUCGGGUGUUGGCCAGAGCUCAGACGUCGCCUCAUUUGACGGGAGGAGUGAUCCAGGCCAAGGGUACCGCUUUCCAAGCACCCAUGCUUACGAGAUGGGAUCAUGGCGACGUUCGUUUGCCAUGGCUCGAAGCUGCUGUGGACGCAAGUGCAGGCGCUCCGUUCUUGGAGAUGCCCGAGAGUGACAUGACGGAACUGAUGACAGCAACCAUUCCGGGUACCAGCGUGAGUGAGUUCCUGGAGAUGAUAGUGCCGCGUGCUACGCGGUUGAAGUGUAAGAUGGACAAGGCCACUCUUGUCCAGUCUGCUCCGGUUGGAUCUUCCGCUGCUUCCGCUGGGAAAACCAACACCACUGGGGAGAAGGGGACACAAGAAAUACUUCGCGACUGGCACUCACAUCCACGAUUUGGCCUCGUGCGCGCUCUCAGUUACCGCCCGGAGGCUAGCGCGCUGCCUAAUGUUUCGGCUUCAGGCAGCAGCAGAAUCUUCUCGAAGAACGCGAUGCCCAACAGUAUGAAAGCUGUUAGCAUUGAGCAAUAUCACUCUUGUACGGUGGACGACGACUCGCUGGACGAUUAUACCCAUGAUAACCACGGAAAGGAACCGCACAAAGCCACGCUCCGGUCCAAGAUUUACACGCUCAGCGUUCCGUACAGCAACUGCUUCUCUAUUGAGGUGCUCGUCGAUGUCGAGGAUGUUCCAGCUAUUAGCGACGAUAUACAGAACAUAGUGAGCAGCUCGACGAACAAGACUAUGACCACUAUUCUCUCAUCGAUCGAGAAGCGUACAGCCGACAAGCAAGCGGAAGCUGCGGGGGCGAAGUCAAGUCUCCAAAUCCGGUGGCGAGCAGGCGUGGUCUUUUCGCGCAAGACGAUGCUCAAGGAAAAGAUCGAGCACGGUGCUCUGGAAGGUGUUCGUAGCAGUUGCGUCACACUGAUGAAGCUGCUGCAAGACAAGGACAUGAGGCAGCAAUUCGCUUCCCCACCGCCUGACUUGGCCUUUUUGCCUCGCGCAUUCGCUCUCGAAGUGAUGAAGGGGCUCAUUUCUGCCAUUAGCGACUCAGGUUCCCCCUCUGACAGCCUCAGCACGUUGCCUCUCCAGCUACCGUGGAGACCGUUCAGUCGUGGACAGACAUCUUCACGCGGAGUCCUAUCACCGAACCCGAUAACAGCCGCGACUGCUACGCCGUUCUUCGAAAGCAUCCCAGAGGAAUUUGCCCAAGUGCUGGAGGAGAACAUGGGCAGCAAGGUCUCCGCUGCAUUGUUUUUCGAGGCUUUGCUAUCGGAUGCGUGUUCGUUCUUCCGCCCUGCCCACCCAGACAGCGGUACCAUGGAGGUAGACGUCAGUGCUUGGCGCGCUAUUGUGGCCCCUGGCCAAUCUCGCGAACGGACCCAUGGGUUUAUUCGCAAGCAGGUAUUCCAGAUGCAGUUGAGCGGAAUCCCCGGUGUUGAAGUGGCUACGGUGGAGGAUUUCCAGUACUACGCCCUUGUGAAGACUCGGAGUGAAGGACCUCCGUUGUCUACGACAAGCCACAGCACAGACAGCAGUCGAGGAGAGAAGAGAGGACACAUUGGAACUGAGAGUGGCCGAGGAGACAAGAAGGGAAGCUUCAUUCAAAGCGUCGGCGGAUCUCAACCGCUGUUGCUGGGUCGGGAUAAAAAGCGCCCGCCGUCCGGCCUGAGCAAGGAGGCGAAGGCUCGUGACUUGAAGCCCCGCCCUUCGAAGCUGCGACGUCUGGAAUUUGGUAUGAAGCUUUUCGUUCCCGCGCUGCCUGAAGGAUCUCAGUUUUCGAUCGAAGUAUUGGCAAUUGUGGAGCCCGCUGAAGAGGACCCGUCCGACAACGUCCUUCGGAUUCUCUUCGCGUCACCCCCGCGCCAUCGCCACCCCGACACGCGGGCCCACGCUGUUGUCAACCCUCACGUGAUUGCCGGCGUCUUACGAGGACUGAAGCAGAUUUGGAAGCAGGUGGCACACACGAUGAUGGAAAUCUGCGACGUCAACAGCGACUACGUGGUGCUGCCCCAUCAACUGCAGCCGCCAGGACACUCGCCUCAGGGACUGGACGAACAGGGGCUGUACCUGCUGCAGCAGACGCGAGCCAACCCCGAUUUGCCGACACACGACGAACUGGCAUCCAAGCUGAUAGAAGCGAUUGCUGCAGUGUACUGAUUGGCAAUCUACGAAUGGAUGUACAAUGCGUC